GUGGCCGGGUGCAGCUGCGGAAGUGUCAUUUCCAAAGUCCGAUGGCUCUGCUGAAGCUGGUUGCGCUCGUCGCGUACGCGGCCAUGGCCGUGCUUGGUCAGGACCACCACAUGCGCGCUGCUAGCUCAAGUGAAGAGUCCGCAACGCCGGUCCCGACGCGUCCGACCUUCGGCCUCGAGCUCUUCGACAAGCUCGUGCAGUCGCUUCAUAUCGUGCGCAUUCCCAAUCAGCCGCUGAACUCGACCGAGUUCAACCGCACCGUCCUCGUCGUGGAAGACUUUGUCCGCAACCGCACGCAGCUUGCGGCGCUCAACGAGACUCUCGUGCGCUCGUACCUCGGUCGCCUCAACACGACCGAGAUGAUCUCGCUCUUCGAAGUCGUGUCCAAGGACCUCACGAUGAACGUGACGGGCAACAUUUUUUACUACAAGGGAAACGCGUCGUCGAGUGACGACACGAUUGUCGCGCUGGCAAAGGCGCCGACUGCAGCCGAUGCGUCAUCGGCGCUCACUGUCGGGUUUGCGUACGUCGGUCUCGUCGCGGUGAUUGCCGCUAUCGUUAUGGGCGUCAGUAUCGCCAAAGACCACACGGCGCGGGCCACGCUUGAUGAAAAGGCCGACGACGAAGAAGUGAGCGAAGCAGCAGAAAAGGUGGACGACGUCCCCAGCACCAAGGACGCGCUCGACCCUGUCAUCGUCUAAUGGCGUAUGAGUCUUCUGGCAAAUGUAUUUCGUUUUUGCGAACCCA